UAAUUUCUCUGGGCUCAGUCAGCUGAUUCAGUCACAUGACCUGUAUAGUUUCGGGCCAGUCCUGUUUACUGGGAGCCGUGAAAGUUGUUCCCGAGGAUCUGUUUUCACACGAAGGGAACCGACGCGUUGAAGUUAGUAAGAACAUGAACAGCUGGUUGUAGCGGGACUUCCGGGAAAAGCCAACUAUGUUUGUGAAAACGCUCUGAGUCCGAAGAAGCGUCCGCCGCGUUGUUCAUUUAUUGUCUCUGCCUUCACUUCCUCACGGAGCCAACACACGCUGUGCAGGAUGAGUCCCGAGAGGAAGAAGCUGAUGAACAUCGUCAUCCUGGGCUUCGGCUUCAUGUUCAUGUUCACCGCCUUUCAGACAUGUGGCAACAUCGAGCAAACGGUCCUCAAGAGCUUCAACAGCACGGAGUUCCACGGGAGCGGAUACACCAGCAUGGCCAUCAUCUACGGGGUCUUCUCCGCCUCCAACAUGAUCGCCCCCUCAGUGGUGACUGUGAUUGGACCCCAGCUCUCCAUGUUCUUCAGUGGGCUUCUGUACAGCUGCUACAUCGCCAUGUUCAUCUACCCGUACACCUGGAGCUUCUACACCGCCUCGGUGCUGGUCGGAGUCGGAGCCGCAGUCCUGUGGACGGCUCAGGGCAACGUGCUGGCCAUCAACUCCUCUGACGGCACCAUUGGGAGGAACAGCGGCAUCUUCUGGGCGCUGCUGCAGUUCAGCUUGUUCUUUGGCAACCUCUACAUCUACUGUGCCUGGCACGGACACGCCCACAUAACCGACCAGGACCGGCAGACGGUCUUCAUCUCGCUCACAGUGAUCAGCCUGGUGGGCUGCUUCCUGUUCUUCCUGAUCCGGAAACCGGAUCCUGAACCGGCUCCUCCCGGGGCGGCGGAGGCGCCGCUGGAGGCCGAGUCCACCGACAGCUCCACCGGCAGCUCCUCUCGCCCAGGCCUCUGGUCACGUGCUCUGGAUGCGUUCGUGAAGGCGUGUAAGAUGUUCUCCUCCAAGGAGAUGCUGCUGCUGAGCGUCUCCAUCGGGUACACAGGUCUGGAGCUCACCUUCUACAGCGGCGUGUACGGGACGUGUAUCGGCGCCAUGACGCGCUUCGGCCACGACGCCAAGAGUCUGAUCGGCAUCUCUGGGAUCUGCAUCGGGAUUGGAGAGAUCUUAGGAGGGGGCGUGUUCGGGAUGCUCAACAAGUGCCGGUCCUUGGGGAGGAACCCGGUGGUCCUGCUCGGCCUCAUCACGCACUACGCCGCCUUCUUCCUCAUUUUCCUCAACAUCGCCGGCGACGCCCCCAUCGCCCCGGAGGAGGGCACGCACCUGCAGGGCUACAUCACCCCCAGUGUGGGCGUGGCCCUGCUCUGCAGCUUCCUGUUGGGUUUGGGUGACAGCUGCUUCAACACUCAGCUCCUGAGCAUAAUCGGCUUCAGGUUCAGAGACAACAGCGCUCCGGCCUUCGCCGUCUUCAAGUUCAUCCAGUCCAUCAUGGCCGCCUUGGCCUUCUUCUACAGCAACUACCUGCUGCUGCACUGGCAGCUGCUCAUCCUGGUGGUGGCCGGCUUCCUGGGCACCGUCACCUUCUUCCUGGCCGAGUGGAGGGCCGAGGCCAGCAGGAGGGAGUCCGACUACGACAGCAUCUGAGGAGGAGGAGGAGGAGGUAGAGGAGGAGGAUAAACUGACGUUACUGAGGUGUGAUGGAGGGAGCAUGGAGAAGCUGAUUGGAUGAGAGCAGCUGGAGUCUGAAGACACUUUACUGACAGAAUAACACGCUGAGUUAAAGUCUGGAGAGAUUUUCUAUAUUUUAUCUACGAAAAAGACCGAACACAAAAUGUAAUGAUCAGCGUUUCUAUUCAAACGCAUCAACGAGCCUCAGUGGGUGACACGCCCCUUUAUACACACUACAGCACCCAAUGGGUUUCAUCCGCCGAUGAAAGUAGUCCCGUCUCCUCCCGUGUGGUUUGAAGACGCAGACAGGAAGUGGGAAUGAUUUGAAGUGGAAGAAAUGACAGAUUUAUCCUGUAAAAGUUCUCAGACUCCAGCUGGUCCUCCAGCUGCAUCACAAGCGGGUCGGCCUCGCGACCUCACGGCGAGCGUCUACGACUCGCUGACGGCAGUGAAAAGGGAUUUUAUUUUAUCUUCGGGGCGGUUUCUCUUGCGGUUCCCUCGUGCUUUUAUUGGUUCGGUCCUCAUGAGGAGCAGCUGACGGCAGGAAGUCCCUCAUGUUGUUCAUCAGCUGGCUCCAAAGGCCAACCCAGAGGGAACGCCUUGUUUACUCUAAAGUAGUGACCGACACUCACAGCGGUGAGCUCCGUCUGGAAGGGGGUCUUCAGUGAUGUCAUAGUCUUGGAGGGGCGCUCCGGUGAUGUCAUAGUCUUGGAGGGGCACUCCGGUGAUGUCAUAGUCUUGAAGGGGCACUCCGGUGAUGUCAUAGUCUUGAAGGGGCUUGUUUCUGCGACGUCAGAAAAGACCAAUUUGACUUCAUCAAACGUCUUGAUAAUAAGACCAAAUAUCCCGGAGAUAUUCAGUUUUAAAAGCAUACGUGACCAUAAACACCGGUGGGUACCUGAAGGCCUCACCUGUCGACCACCGGAGGCCCUCGGCAUCGAACCUGUGACCCUUCUCUCGUUCCGAGCUGCUGUCGUCGGUUUGCAGUCACGCCGUUGUGAACGGAUCUGAUGUGAGACUUUAUGUGUCGUGGGAAACGAUAUCUGACAUGCUGGUGUUUCUGUUUGUUUACUUGUCAAUUAUGAAUCGCAGCACAUUAGUUAAUUUAUUGCUCUGCCGUCGGAUGUGAAGUGAAACGCUCGUGUGCUAUGAAGCUGAUUUUAUACGUGAAUGUGUCGUUAGGAUUGUCUCCCGGACUUUGGCUUGUUUUUAUUAUCAAUAAAAUAUUAUUUUGAACAUUA